GUAUUUGACUUUGACAAUAAUCACAAUUGACAUUGACAAUAACUUCACAACAUCACAACUUGAACUAAUUUUUCAUUUCAAUAGUGGUUGAAUUCGAAACUUGUCGGUUCGCCUUUGAAACAUGAAAAUACUGUAACUUUUAAAAGUCAGAAUAAUUAGAAGAAUCAUGCAUAUAUUCCCGUUAAUACUAUUACUGCUGAUUACCAGGAAAAUUGCAGACACAGCGCCAAUUGACCCUCUUAAAUCAUUCAUCGAAGGCCUGAAUAAAAGAUGCCCUUCAGAUGUUGAAUCCUUACAUUCAUUGAAGUUCCAAAAUUGCCCAGAUUAUGUGAAAUUGAACAACAUCGAUAAAUUGACCCGAGAAACCGAAAAGGAAGUUCUGUGUGCACUUUUCUAUGAUAGCUUACUUUCAUUUUGCAAAGAGGUUAAGAAACAACAAAUUACACUCGAUAAGUUGGUUAUCCAGCCUGUCCACAAUUACACGCCCAAGGAAGUUUGUGAAAAGCUUUUCCCGGAUAAUAGAACACUGAAAAAUGAUUUGUCGAAAGUUAUUCUUCCUGGCAAAUGCGAAAAAUUGUGCACAACAUAUGAGGGAGUUGAACCUACCAUAGAAUGCAGUUUGGCUUAUUAUUUUACUACAGUUAAUGUAAGUUCUUUGAGUUCAAACAUGAAAUUGAACCAGACGCCUUCGGAAAAUUCAGAAAGUUCCAUUGAACACGUAUUCGUUAGUCAAAAUCAGUCUGGACUAGUCAACCCAAAAAAUAAAUCUGAUAAUGAUUUGGUUUCUCCAAACAACCAGAUUAGUGAAACCCUGGAAGUCAAACCAUCAGUAGCUGAUACUUCUGCAGGAAAUAAUUUAGCUGGGGUUGUUAUUCCAAAAGGGUCAAAAUCCAGUAAACAAAAG